GAUAAUACUAAUAACAACAAUAAUGUACUCUUCCCCCAACAUCAUCACACUUGGAGUGGUAUUUUACAUUCCUUUCCUUUUCUCUCCCUCGUCUCGUCUUGCCGCAACACUUUCUCUUUAGUCAAAAGCACCUUGGCCUUGGGUCCCUCCCUUCCCUUUUUCUAAUCCGCAUUUCCCAAUCGUUAAUCUCAUACUAUCAUUUAAACAAAGAAUGAGUGCAUAGAAUAGAAGAAACGAUACCAUAAAUCAAGGAAAACUAGAAAAACAAAAGAGAGUUAAGAAUAGUAGAAGACAGAUGGUUAUCUAAUCGUAAAGCAAUCCACUUUGGAUACCCUUUCAUUCAAUGAUAAUUAACACAGAGAAAGAAAUGAAAAACCAGAAUGCCCAUCUCCCUAUUAUUCUUCUUCACUCACUACUUUUUCUUCAUCACCAGCUGUUGUGAGUGAUCAACACACAACACAAACAACACACCAUGCCUUCAAGACCCUUCCCUCCCACAAAUCCCACCAAAACCAAGGCCCUCUUCCUAGCACUCACCAUCUCAGCUUGUGUUGUGAUUUUCUGCUCAAUCCUCUACUUCCUCUACCAUCUGUGGCAUUCUCUUGUUCACAGAGCUAAGACCAUCCCCUUUGAUGCAAGUGCUCCCUUGAAGCUCCAAAGAUUCUCAUACAAAGAUUUAAAGCAAGCCACCAAUGGCUUUGACACUGCCAAUGUAAUUGGCAAAGGUGGCUCUGGCACUGUUUUCAGAGGAAUACUUAAAGAUGGCAAGUUGAUUGCCAUCAAACGCCUGGACACGUUGUCUUUGCAGUCAGAGAGAGAGUUUCAAAACGAGCUGCAGAUUCUUGGAGGGUUGAGGUCACCAUUCUUGGUGACCCUCUUGGGUUACUGUGUGGAAAAGAACAAAAGGGUGUUGGUGUAUGAGUAUAUGCCCAACAGAAGCUUGCAGGAGUCACUCUUUGGAGAUGAUGGGGGGGGUUUGAGUUUGAGUUGGGGGAGCAGGUUUUGCAUAAUGUUGGAUGUUGCUAGAGCUUUGGAGUUCUUGCACCUUGGAUGUGAUCCUCCAGUGAUCCAUGGUGAUAUCAAGCCAAGCAAUGUUCUGAUUGAUUCUGAGUGGCGUGGGAAGAUCUCUGACUUUGGCUUGUCAAGGAUUAAGGUGGAAGGUGAGUUUGGUGUGGACUUGUUUAGCCAGGACUUGGGGAGGAGCCAGGAUCUAUGGAAAAGCCAAGAGCUUUCAGGUAAUUUGACUGCAGAAACUCCUCCUGCUCUUGGUACUCCAGUUGAAAAUGUUAGUGAAGUAGAUUUUGCUCUAGCUUUGCAAGCCUCUUCUUCAUCUAAAAAUAGUAGGACUUGCUUUAAUGUCAAAGCUUUGAACUUGAAUUCUUUGAAUUAUAAUGCCAAUAUUGCUACUGAAACUGAAAUUAGGAGUGUAAAUGCGAAGGGUAAGGAAGUUUCGGCUUUGGAUAGGGAUGAUUGGAAUGGUAAGUUUUUCCCUUGUGAUGAUGAGCUUUCUAGCAUUGAUUAUAGUAAGGAGUUAACUGUGAGUGCUUCUCCUUUGGUGGAUGAUGAGAAGGCAAAUGGGAAACAAUGGGGAAAGGACUGGUGGUGGAGACAGGAUGGAAGUGGAGAGUUAUGUAGUAAAGACUACGUAAUGGAGUGGAUAGGGAGUCAGAUUUGUCCAUCCAACGCUGAUUGGGAUGAUGGUAAGAACAAUGUUCACACGAAAGUAGAGUUGGAAAAUUCAAAUCCCAAGGAUAAAGACCAUGAUGCUAUUGCACCCCAACCACAGGUGUUUGGGAUUGGACAUAAUACUACAGAUAAUGGGGUUGAGAAAAAAGAGUCAAGGGGAAAGAAAAAUCACAAAAAGAAGCACAGGAAGAUGCAAGAGUGGUGGAGAGAAGAGCAUCUUGCUGAAUUAAGCAAGAAGACCAGUAAACUUAAAAAUCUUCAUACCAAGUGGAAGAAAGGCUUGAAAGUGCCCCAUUUUGAUUUGGGUAGAAGGUUUUAUCUUUGCAGGCGUAAGAAGUUUGGAGAGGAGGGUGAGAAUGAGUGUGAUCAAAAUGGGGAGUUUAGCUUCAGAAGAGGCUGGAAGAAGAAAAGCACUCAUUCCAUUGGAAGUGACAUGUGGAGUGGAGAUCUUUUCAGCCGUGAGCUCAGUAGCACAACAAGCAUGAGAGGGACACUGUGUUAUGUGGCACCAGAAUAUGGAGGCUGUGGAUUCUUAAUGGAGAAAGCUGACAUUUAUAGUUUUGGAGUUUUGAUUCUUGUAAUUGUGUCAGGUAGGAGACCAUUGCAUGUUCUUGCAUCACCCAUGAAACUAGAGAAAGCUAACUUAAUAAGCUGGUGUAGACACUUGGCUCAAGCUGGUAACAUUUUAGAACUUGUGGAUGAGAGAUUGAAAGAAGAUUACAAGAAGGAACAAGCAAGUCUGUGUAUCAACUUGGCACUCAUUUGCUUACAGAAAAUUCCAGAGCUGCGGCCAGAUAUUGGGGAUAUUGUUAAGAUUUUGAAGGGGGAGAUGGAGCUUCCACCACUUCCAUUUGAAUUCUCCCCUUCUCCACCUUCCAAAUUAUACAGCAGAUCAAGGAGAAAACCGAAGGGCACUGCAGAAUAGAUUUUGUAAUUCAUAAGUCAUCUUCUCACCAUGUUAGAUCAGGUAUGAUGAGUGCAGUACGGGAUGGAUCAAUGAAUAUGUUUGCAUUUGGAGCCUGAAUUCACUCCUAUUGUUAGAUUUAUGUUGAAUUCAUAUCAGAUAAGUUAUUUUUUUUUUCUUUUUGAUGACUCAAUUUCCACUGAUUGUUCUCAGUGUGGUUAUGUUAAGAGUACUUGUUACCUGUCUCCCUUGAUGGCGCAUGGUUGCAGCUGAACUGUGUAUAUGAUGAUUAUUACUUGUUAGCUUAACUCUUAAUUGUAAUAGAUAAGGGCAAAAGGGUAUCUGUCAA